UAAAUAGUGGUUAAUUGCAUUUACAUUCAACAUCAACUAAACUUGUAGAAGAUCAAAGAUGAAGAUAAAGUCUUUUAUUUUUGCUUUCUUUCUUUGUGCACUAAUUUUCAUUUCUGUUGUAGCAAUUGAACCACCCCAAGAUGAAGAGAAACAAACUCGUGCAUUUGAAGAAUCCAAAAUAAUACUUGGGAUAAAUAAAAAUAGACGCUUAAGAGAAAGUAGACAUCAUGGAAGGCUGCGAAAAAGACAUUCUAGUGAAGAUUUGAAGUUUUGGAUAAAUCAAGGUGGAGUGGGAGGUUCAUUCGAAAGCGGCGAUUUUAAAGGUUCGAUAAAUAUUGGAGGAAUUCAAGAUGGAGGUGAAAACAUUGGGCUUGGAGGACAAGGUAAAAUAGGAAAUGAAAUAGGUGUAAGAGGAGGAGGAGGAGGAAAUAAUGAAUUUGGGGGACAAGGAGAGAAAAGAAAUGAAGUAAGUUCGAUAGGAGAAGAAAACAAAGAUUUAGAGGAGAAGAAGAAAAUGAAGGAUUUGGAGGGUUUUAGGACAAAUCAUAAAAACUAAAUGCAUGAAUAUAUUAUAAGUAAAUUUUACUUUUUAAAUUAAUGGAACACUUGAUGUAUCUGGUUUAUAUAUAUAUAUAUAUAUAUAUAUAUAUAUAUAUAUAUAUAUAUAUAUAUAUAUAUAUAUAUAUAUAUAAACCAAAUACAUUAAUUAUUCAAUGAAUUUAAAAAGUAAAAUUUAUUUAUAACUUAUUACGGAGUAGUAUCUAUAACAAAAGCAUGCACUUCAUCUUACUCCAUGCCUAGACUUCAUCUUACUCCAUGCCUAGACUUUAAAUUAAUCGAACCUUUAGUAUUGUAUUUUAAUACAUAAAAGUAUUUGGUUUCAUGUCAA